AUCUUCCUUGAGAGUUGAUAUUCUCCCAUCCCCAGAUCUCUCAAACGCUGUCGCUUCAUUUCUUUUUUCUAUCUCUAUCAAAGGAUUCUCUCUCCGUUUGUCAUUGUGUAAGCAAAGGCGGACCGCUGGAAGAUGGUCAUCGACGUCGAUGCUGAGCCCAACACCAAUGCCCAAGGUCAGCCCAGGAAAACCCUCAAGCGAAAGCGACCAUCUUUAACCUCAACGCCGCUGGCCUACUACUUAACGAUUGACCAGAAGGCAGUCCAAAUUGAAGCCCUAAACAGAGAAAUCGAAGGACUUUCGGUAUACAAACAAUUGGUAAAUCAGAAACUGGGGUUUGGUUUUUCUUCAGAUUUGGGUAGAAAUUACUGCAAUACGCUGAAUGGGAUGGUGAGCAUGUUGAUGGAGGAGAGCGACUUGGCCCUGUCGAAAUUGGUGGAGGAGAUUUAUAGAAAGUUGGCUGGGGAGAGACUGAAGGACAAUGUGAGUGUUACGGUAGCGGUGGUGAAGAGUGCAGCGUUGUUUGUGGGGCAGAGAAUGAUGUACGGAGUGCCCAAUAUGGAUGCUGAUGUUUUGGAGGAUAAGACUCAGGCUUCUUUCUGGUGUUGGGAGCUGAUUACUCUUUGUCAAUUUCUUGACUUAUUUGUUCUUUUCUUGGUUUUUAUUGGGUCUGUUUUUUUCUGGAAGAUUUUAGAUGCAUUCUUUUUUUUCCUUCUGUACAAAAGAACUAUAUGUCCAUAUUUGAUGAACAUCAUUUCUUGUGCAACUAAUUUAGGAAGUUCUCCUGAUAGUAAAAAGUGGAGGAGGAAGCAGUUGUUGCAGUUUGAUAAGAGUCAUAGACCUGCUUUUUAUGGCAUUUGGCCUAGAAAAAGUAUUGUAAUUGGACCACGCCACCCUUUUGGAAAGGACCCAGACUUGGAUUAUGAUAUUGACAGUGAUGAAGAAUGGGAAGAGGAGGAUCCUGGUGAAAGCCUCUCAGAUUGUGACAAGGAUGAUGAAGAGCAAAGUUUAGAGGAAGGAUGUUCAAAAGAUGAUGAUGAAGAUGGCUUUUUUGUACCUGACGGAUAUCUUUCAGAAAAUGAGGGAGUACAAUUGGACAAAACUGAUCUAUUUGUUGAGGAGGCCAGAGGAUCACAUAGUUGUAAGCAAGACUCAGAAAAUGAGAAGUUUUGUACAUUGCUUCAACAGCAAAAGUAUCUGAACAAUUUAACAGAGACUGCACUUCGGAAAAACCAGCCCUUGAUUAUAUUGAAUUUAAUGCAUGAGAAGGUCCCCUUAUUAGUGGCAGAAGAUUUAAAUGGUUUGAAUAAAUUGGAAAAGACUUGUUUGGACGCACUUAGCAUGCGUACUUUCCCUGGUGGGCCAACUAUGGGAAUAUCAGUGGUAAACAUGCAAGCUGAAGAUCAAGAUGUUCGUGGUUCAAUCGGCAAGGCCACUAGUACACAUAUCUCAACUGUGAUAACUAUACAAGAAUCAGAUAUGACUAUAGUUGUUUCUGCUAUUCAAUCUUGCUCACAGAGUAUCAAUAAAGUGGUAGAAUCCUUGCAGCAGAAAUUCCCUGCCUUCUCAAAGUCUCAGUUAAGAAAUAAAGUUCAUGAGAUAUCUGCUUUUGUAGACAAUAGUUGGCAGGUCAAGAAAGAAAUUCUGGAUGAGGCUGGCAUAUCAAUAUCACCGGGUUCUAGUUGAUGUUAAUAUUUUUAACAUGCACUGGUAUUUCUUGAAUACUGAAUCACUCUUAAUGCAGGGAAGGGAGGGGGAAGGAUGCAAAAGAUUUCCACAUUUUUCUCAAAGAGGUGCUUGCCUCCAUCUGGUGAGAGUUCGCUGCAGUCGUCCCAAAAAAUCUGAUUCUGCAGUGGAGGGGCAACAGGCUUUCACAUGCAUUGCUCUC